UUGUUACCAAAGCCGGCGUCGGGCUUAGUGAGUGGAACACCUUCUGUUGAUACCGUCGACUCGUACACAUUUGUUUACAAAACAGGGACGACAUUUUUUUUUAUUUUUCCUGCCUCUUUUGGGAUAAAAGCGCUGUUUUUUUUUUUUUUUUGGUUUUUUUUCCCCCCCUCGUCCCACUCAAUCCGGAUGAAAGGAUCCUUACCGCGUUUUGCUUCCACGCCAACUGGAUUAUAACUCAACAUUUUUUUUUUCGGAAAAUAUUUUUUUCCAAAAUAUAUUAAUUAAUUAAAAAAAGAAAAAAAGGAAUGCUGCUUUCCAAGCUGAACUCCCUGGCUCACAUCUCCACCGACAUGCCGGCGAAGCUCCAAGUUCAUCCAGCGAAGGAACCGUUCGAGAAGCUCUACCAGGUUGGGGCGGUGCUGGGCAGCGGCGGCUUCGGCACCGUCUACUCCGGUACGAGGACGUCCGACGGAGCCCCGGUGGCUGUCAAACACGUCGCCAAGGACCGGGUCUCCGAGUGGGGCGAAUUGCCUAAUGGCUGCAGGGUGCCGAUGGAGAUAGUGCUGUUGAAGAAGGUCGCCACCGGCUUCCGCGGCGUCAUCAAGAUGCUGGACUGGUUCGAGCGGGCCGAGAGCUUCAUCAUCGUCAUGGAGAGGCCGGAGAACGUCAAGGACUUGUUCGACUUCAUCACGGAGAAGGGCGCCCUGUCCGAGGAGCUGGCGCGCGGCUUCUUCCGCCAGGUGCUGGAGGCGGUGCGCCACUGCCACAACUGCGGCGUGGUGCACCGGGACAUCAAGGACGAAAACAUCCUCAUCGACCUCCGGAGCGGGGAGAUCAAGCUCAUCGAUUUCGGCUCCGGAGCCCCGCUGAAGGACACCAUCUACACCGACUUUGAUGGCACAAGAGUCUACAGCCCGCCCGAGUGGAUCAAAUACCACCGCUAUCAGGGGCGCUCGGCUACGGUGUGGUCGCUGGGCGUGUUGCUGUACGACAUGGUCUGCGGCGACAUCCCAUUCGAGCACGACGAGGAGAUCGUCAGCGGGCAGGUCCUCUUCCGGAGGCGAAUCUCCGCCGAGUGCCAGCAGCUGAUCAAGUGGUGCCUGUCUCUGCGCUCGGCCGACCGGCCUUCCUUCGAGGACAUCAACAACCACCCGUGGAUGCAGAGCACGUCCGCCUCCACGCUGCUGCUGCCGCCUCCGGCGGCGCCGCAGACGGACAAGUCGAUCACAGAGAUCAAGCUACACAGCAUCAGCCACGAGCCCUCGGCGUUCGCGCCCGCCGCCGUGGCCGUGGCGUGAUGAUGAUGGCGAGCUCGGACUUGAAAAGACGAUAUUUAUCAAGGGGCGGGAGGAAAAAGCCCCAUCCUCAAAACAAACAAAAAAAACACAUCCUCGUGCCUCGUUUUGAUUUCACAUCAUUGUCAGACCACCACUGGACUCUGCUCGGUACAGCAGCAGAACGUGUGCUCGUUGCACGGACAGCCCAGUUAUGUACCUUGUUUGGGCUGCAGAUUCCUUCUUCAAAAGUGCCUUCUGUGAGAUUGUUAGUUAGGGGA